GCUGGAUGGGUGCGAGAGAGAAGGAGAGAGUAAGGAGGAGUGUGAAAGAAAUAAAGUUCUAGUUUUAUCUAGCUAAGCUGUCUCCAUGGACUACGGAGCAUUAACGUAGUAUUUCAGUUGUGUUAUCUGCCCGAUAUCACACUAAACUGUGAAUACGCUGCUGAUCAAGAGUAAGUUAAGUUCACUGAGUGUGUGUUAACCUAGUACAGGAUAACGCUGUGCAUCGUGGACACUGGACUUGUCUGGUUGGCGAAACCAAGCGCUAGUGAGUCCAACCAAGCCGAAGAUCCUGCCUGUUCCUGUUUCUACUGUUUUUACACUCCACACGACCAGCAUCGCUGGCGGUUAGCCAGUCCGGCCAGCCUGCAUCUCCACAAGCUCCGUGAAGGACUGAGCUGUUAGCCUAGCCACCCCAAGCUAACCCCCGUCGCCCGAGCAGCCCCGCCCGCCGCGCUGCUGCAGAGAGAGUGAGGGAGAGACACUGAGUGAGACUGGGUUUUCACCCGAGCGAGUUCAACCACAACGUAAGGUGGAAUACUUCUGUUUACACUUUUAUUUCUUGCUCAAAAGAGUGAAGCGGCCAGUGUACUUUUCGUUUUAAGGCCACCACGCACGCUAGCUACGAUUCCAGGCCUGCAACGAGUACUUUUGGUUAGUUAGAUGCCGGCUUAGGAGUGUGUGAGAGUGUGUGUGUGUGUGUGGGCCCACUACACAGUUAAAAUUACAGUGUUGAGUUUAUAACCAUUGAGUACAGUGUUUUUGGAGGUUUAUUACAGUAAUUUGUAUAAUUAGAGAAGUCUGAUUUUAUUUAAAGAAAAAGGAUUUUAUUUUAUUUAGAGCUGAAACUGGGUUAAAACCUAUUUGAUUGUAUUUGUUGAGAAUUGAUACCAUAUUUGUUACAUUAUAUCUUGCUAAUAUAUACAAAUACCUGAUAUAUAUAUAUACCUAUAUCUAUAUCUAUAUAUAUUUUAUAAUUGCUUAACUCAUAUUCAUAUCUUCAUAUGUAAGUAAAUAAUAUAUCAUACUGUCUUUAAAGUGUUUGUUUCUUUGCAUUGUUAUUCAGAGAGUGAGGACUAAUUUAAACCUAGCCCUAGUAGAUAUUGGAGGCACCGCCAUUGUACAUUUUAAACUUCUGUGAUAGACACGUUUCUUUCAGUAAUUGGUAAAAUUAUAAAUUUUCCACCUAUAUAAACCAAGAGAACUCAGGGCGCUCUUGUAGGUUAUUUCAGUUACAUGGGUAAAAUCACUAAAACCUUGUUUAGGAGCGCUACAUAAAUGGAGGCACCGCUGGGAUUUGGUUUAAUUCCUAAAAACUAGCUGUACAUAUUCAUUGGUUAAAAUUCUGUAAACCUUAAACAGUUAAGAUACUGUAGAUAGCAUAGUGUCUUAAGUCUCACUUUAAAAAUAUGGAUCCCUUGCUAUACUCUCAGUUUCAAGAACACCUAAUCAAUUGGUGUAGAGGUGAAGAACUAGAUGAAAACCAUGCCAUUCUUAUUGUGGGGGUCCCUAAAGAGUGUGCUAUAGGACAGAUAGAGGAGGCAAUGAACGCUGUCCGAUGUUGGGGCCGAGUACGAGUCAGAGGGAGAUCGUUUGAUGCUAAAAUGCAAAGCUUGACAGUUCUGUGUGAGUGCAAAGAGAAGAUCAAUCCCAAACUUGUCCCCCCAGAGGUCAUACCAGAGGGUUUAUCUGAACGCUGGACGGUCAUUGUCACUGAUGGAGCUCUCAUUGAAUCGGAUGAUUUUCUGAAAAAGCUGAAUGGUCUGCUUAGGGCUGAAGGGAAAACUUUGGAUGACCUCCAAGGUUUGUGCCCACAGUCCACUCAACCUCCAAGCUCAACAGAAACUAUUGUCCAAACCAUGAGUGAGUUACUAAGACAGAACAGGUCAGUUUCACUCGAAGGUCACAGUUACCGCCGUUUCAGGAUGUUUUCUGGGGUCAUCCCAACUCCUGCAGGAGAAGAGUCUUUAGAACACUGGUUAGAGCAAGCAUAUGUGAUGGUGGAGGAGAGUGAGUGCUCAGAGAAAGAGAAAAAACGCAGAAUUAUGGAAAGCGUUAAAGGGCCCGCACUCGAAGUAAUAAAGUCUGUAAGGUCCAGUGAGCCUGAGGCCAGCCCCAAGACUUAUCUGGAUGCAUUAAAUACCGCUUUUGGAUCCGCUGAAUCAGCGGAGGAUGUGUACUUCUCAUUCAGACUUCUUCAACAAAGAUCUGGCGAGAGAUUGUCUGACUUUUUGCGACGAUUAGAAAAAUCACUGACCAAGGUGGUACAGAUAGGUGGCCUUCCUUCACGUGACAGAGACAGAGUCCGUGUGGAGCAGCUCCUACGGGGAGCAGUGGCCUCAGACCUCCUACUGGUUCAGCUGAGAUUGAGGGAAAGAAAGAAUAACCCUCCAAGUUUCGUGGAACUCCUUGGUGAAAUCAGAGUUCAGGAAGAGUACCUAGCUUCGCGGAGGCAAGUAAACACUGCAGUGCGGCCAGUACAAACUGUCGAAACCACAGAGUCUGAUCAGUCAGUUGUUCUAAGCCUGCGAGCAGAGCUCAAAGAAGGGAACACUGGUAAAGCAGCUGCUGCCGAAUCAGACAGACUACAUUGUUCUUCCAAAAGGAGUGCUGUGGAAGUCGCAAGUCAAAAAGCAGUUCCCAGUGGACUAAUAGGUCCCUCACCCAUUGUUCAAAUAAAGAUUAAUGGCGAACCAUGCAGUGCACUUCUAGAUAGUGGGUCACAGGUCACUAUCAUAUUUGAGGAGUGGCACCAAAAGCAUUUGAUAGAUGUUCCAAUUCAACCAGUAUCUGGCCUAGCUGUGUGGGGUCUUAGUGAGUCCAGCUACCCUUAUAAGGGAUACGUUGUUGUGAACGUACAAUUCCCCAAAGAACUAGUUGGGGUACAAGAAACUAUUUCUGUGUUGGCAUUGGUAUGCCCAGGGCCGAGGAGCCCGGACCAGACACCAGUAAUACUUGGCACAAAUGCCAAUCUGUUUCAGAGGUUGGCCCAACUCUGUAAGGAGGCCCAUGGAGUGGACAUAGCCCCUGCCUUAGGCCUAAACAGGGUGUUCACACAGGCUGCCAAGACACAUCCUAGUGUAGGGUACCGUGGUCCAGAUGAGGCAGUGGGUCAGAUCAUUUGGAAGGGGCCUGAACCACUCUGCAUUGCCCCAUGUAGCACCGACUGUGUACAAUGCAGUGUGAGCAUUUCCCAUCCCUCUCAAAAAGGUGUUCUGUUAGUUGAAGACUCUGACUCACUUGUGCUCCCUCAAGGUCUUUUGCUCCAGCCCAUGGUUGUCUCUUCAUCAGCUAUAGUGGCCACCAACUUUAAAGUUGUCCUUGAGAAUGAAUCUCUAAAAGAAGUGAUUGUACCAGCAGGAACUGUAGUAGGUCAGUUAUACCUUACCGAUACCGCUACUCCAGCCAUGACAAUGACUACCUCUGUUAAGAUUGAUCCCGAGCACUUCAAGUUUGCAGACUCACCUAUUCCUGAAUACUGGAAGAAUAGGCUCAAACAGAAGCUGUCUCAAAGGACCAAAGUCUUUUCAUUGGAAGAGUGGGAUGUCGGACUGGCCCAAGGUGUGGAGCACCGCAUCAGAUUAAAUGACUCUCGUCCUUUUCGUGAGCGUUCACGCCGAUUGGCACCAGCAGAUAUCGAAGAUGUGCGGCGGCAUAUUCAGGACCUCCUGGCAGCUGGAAUUAUAAAGGAGUCCAGAAGUCCAUAUGCCUCGCCAAUUGUUGUUGCAAGAAAAAAAAACGGAAGUGUCCGUAUGUGCAUAGACUACCGCACAUUAAACAGCCGAACAGUUCCAGAUCAGUACACCACCCCACGUGUGGAUGACGCGUUGGAUUGCCUGACUGGUAGCGAGUGGUUCACGGUGCUCGAUCUAAGGAGUGGCUAUUACCAGAUUCCAGUAGCGGAAGAGGACCAGGAGAAGACCGCAUUCAUUUGUCCAUUAGGGUUUUACCACUUCCAGAGAAUGCCACAAGGGGUUUCCGGGGCCCCCGCAACUUUUCAGCGGCUUAUGGAGAAGGUGGUUGGAGAUAUGAACCUGCUUCAGGUCUUAGUGUACCUUGAUGAUCUUAUAAUCUUUGGAAGGAGCUUAGAAGAACACGAGGAAAGGCUCCUCAAGGUGCUGGACAGACUAGAAGAAGCUGGACUUAAGGUCUCACUGGACAAGUGUCAGUUCUGCCAACCCCGUGUCAAGUAUGUGGGUCAUAUUGUGUCGGCCGAGGGCAUAGCCACCGAUCCCUCGAAGGUGGAAGCUGUCACCAACUGGCCCCAGCCCUGUGAUAUCAAGUCCUUAAGGUCAUUCCUGGGGUUCUGCGGAUACUAUCGCCGUUUCAUCGCCAACUACUCCUCAAUUGUUAAGCCCCUGACAGACCUAACUCGAGGUUAUGCUCCUCUAAGGAAAGAAAGCAAGCCAAACAAAGCGAGCAACAUCAAGUAUUUCAAGGAGUCCGAACCAUUUGGACAGAGAUGGACAGAAGCGUGCACCAAGGCAUUUGGGCAGAUCAAACAGUGUCUUACACAGGCCCCCGUACUGGCCUUUGCAGAUCCUGACAAGCCAUUCAUUCUUCAUGUCGACGCUAGCCUAAGUGGUCUUGGAGCUGUACUGAAUCAAGAACAUCCAGAUGGGCUGCGACCAGUCGCUUUUGCCAGUCGAGGACUGAACAAUGCUGAGAGGAAUUAUCACAUUCACCAGUUAGAAUUCUUGGCGCUAAAAUGGGCUGUGGUGGAUAAGUUCCACGAUUACUUGUAUGGUGCCCGUUUCACUGUGAGAACUGAUAAUAACCCUCUCACCUAUGUUUUGACUACAGCAAAGCUGAACGCUACGGGUCAUAGGUGGCUUGCAGCCCUGACAACCUAUGAUUUCGACAUUGAAUACGGACCUGGAAAGAUUAACACAGACGCUGACCUUCUAUCCCGGUGUACUCUGGGAGAUGGCACCAGUGUGGAGUGGAGAAGCAUAUCCCUUCCUGGAAUUAGAGCGAUCUGCAACAGAGUUCGUGCUCAAGAAUCGCAUGAGACGCCUUUCAGUUUGGCUGAACUUCUAUGCACCCCUCCAGAGGCCAUACCUACAGCUUAUGCUUUCCCUACUUCAUUGGCAGGAGAUCAGAUGGAGUUGUUGGACAGAGAAGAUAUUGAGGCUGCGCAGGAAAGUGACAUGGUCAUUAAAACGGUGAAGCAGGCUCUCAACACUAACCACUGGCCGCCAGAACUGACUCCUGAACUGGGUCUGAUGAAACGUGAAGCAGACAAGUUGGUCACCAAAGAUGGAUUGCUGUAUCGAGUAAAGAAAAGGCCAUCUGGGGCAGAGACCUACCAGCUUGUUCUUCCACAGAGAUACAGACAGAAAGUGAUGACUGCACUUCACGAUGAUCUAGGACACUUAGGGGUCGAGCGAACCCUCGAGCACCUCAGAAACAGAUUUUAUUGGCCAAAAAUGGCGCAUGAAGUUGAGCAGUAUGUGAAGAACUGUGGCGAGUGCAUUGUGCGAAAGAGCAAUAGUCCGCGAGCAGCACCACUCCAUCAAAUUACAAGCAGUGGUCCCCUGGACCUUGUAUGCAUAGAUUUCCUCUCAUUAGAAGCUGAUUCCCGUGGUUUCACUAGUAUCUUGGUAGUGACGGAUCACUUCAGCCGCUACGCACAGGCGUUUCCCACAAAGAAUCAGAAGGCAAUCACAGUAGCUAAAAUUCUAGUGGAAAAGUACUUUGUUCACUAUGGACUGCCUGCUCGCAUCCACUCCGACCAAGGUCGAGAUUUUGAGAGCCAACUCAUUCGAGAACUUCUGAAACUGUUAGGGGUGAGGAAGUCGAGGACCACGCCCUACCACCCGCAAGGUGACCCGCAGCCAGAGCGCUUCAACCGAACUCUUCUGUCAAUGCUUGGGACAUUACCAACUUCCCAGAAGCGUCAGUGGAGUCAGCAUGCCGCUAGUCUGGUCCACGCCUACAACAGCACUAAAAACGAUGCAACAGGGUAUUCCCCUUACUUCCUGAUGUUUGGCAGAGAGGCUCGAUUGCCAGUGGAUGUCUGGUUCGGCAGUUCUCUAAAAGAUGGUGAUGAAGUCACACACUCCCAGUAUGUAAAGAAGCUGAGACAGGACUUAGAGAAUGCUUACCGGUUGGCAGCUGAAGCAGCGGACAAGAGCCAUCAAAGGAACAAAAAGUUGUAUGACAAGUUGGUUCGUUUCCAGGCUCUUGACCGUGGCGACAGAGUCCUUCUCAAGAACUUUGGACUGAAGGGGAAACACAAACUGCAAAGUCGAUGGAAUCCCAUACCAUACGUGGUGAUUGGAAAGAUGCCAAAUCUCCCUGUCUAUCAAGUGAAGCCUGAGAAAGGCAUAGGAAGUGUGAAAACCAUCCACAGGGACCACCUCCUGCCUAUAGGACAGCUUGUGAGAUUACCAUCCCCUGCUGAUGAUGAGCCAUUGCACCGGAAGAUACCUGGACCGAAAACCAGAGGGCCUGGUCAUCCCUUUACAGCUCACAAACAGACCAGUAGAGACAAAGAACUGCUGUGUUCUACAAGUGAUUCUGAAAGUGAGGAAGACUAUGAGAUCGGCUACACCCGUGACCUGGAUUUCGUGUCUGCCAAGACCAAAGAGAACACAUCCAGCUACGAAGUAGCACAUGAUGGUGAGGAGCAAAUGAAUGAUGCUUAUGAGCGAGAUGACGUGGUUUUGAGUGACCAAGAGGUCAGCGAUGACCUUCUGACGCAGCUGGAACUGGAUCCUGACACAAAGGACGAAGGCAGUAGUUGCAUAGAUAAAAAUGUUGCUCCAAGUUCUUGCUCUUCUGUUCGCCCAGAUGUCACUCAGUCAGCCUAUGCUCAUAACCAACAGAGCACAGAGUCAAGCCCAAGCAAGGAAGCCAAGUCAAGUGAAGAUGAGACUCCUUAUCUAGGAAAGAGACAAGUCAAGCCUAUUAUCCGACUUACCUAUGAUGAACGUGGCAGAUCUAGAGACCAGCCACUCACAAUAGUCCAUAGGGGAGUAGUCAUUAGGUUUGAAGGAUUAGAAAGUGCAAAUGCCCGAGAUACCAUGCCGCUGAUGUAAGGGUAGGUCAUAUGGGGACAUCUUGACCAUUAGUGGGGGGAGGGUGUAACCCUGGUGAAUAACUAGCUAUAAUAAUUCCUAAAAUAAUAAUGUUUAUUUGAAUAGUUCGUGUAAUUGUUUCUAAAGAAUAAUCUCUGUUCAGUCACUGUUAUAUUUACCUGGUUUUUAUUUUACUUUAUUUUGUCCCAUAACUCUCUGCAGUGUAGGUUUGCUGGGAGAAAGGGGGCGGGUCAAAAAAGAGUGCGGGAGAAGCUGGAUGGGUGCGAGAGGGAAGGAGAGAGUAAGGAGGAGUGUGAAAGAAAUAAAGUUCUAGUUUUAUCUAGCUAAGCUGUCUCCAUGGACUACGGAGCAUUAACGUAGUAUUUCAGUUGUGUUAUCUGUCCGAUAUCACACUAAACUGUGAAUACGCUGCUGAUCAAGAGUAAGUUAAGUUCACUGAGUGUGUGUUAACCUAGUACAGGAUAACGCUGUGCAUCGUGGACGCUGGACUUGUCUGGUUGGCGAAACCAAGCGCUAGUGAGUCCAACCAAGCCGAAGAUCCUGCCUGUUCGACCAGCAUCGCUGGCGGUUAGCCAGUCCGGCCAGCCUGCAUCUCCACAAGCUCCGUGGAGGACUGAACUGUUAGCCUAGCCACCCCAAGCUAACCCCCCGUCGCCCGAGCAGCCCCGCCCGCUGUGCUGCUGCAGAGAGAGAGUGAGUGGGAGACACUGAGUGAGACUGGGUUUUCACCCGAGCGAGUUCAACCACAACGUAAGGUGGAAUACUUCUGUUUACACUUUUAUUUCUUGCUCGAAAGAGUGAAGCGGCCAGUGUACUUUUUCGUUUUAAGGCCACCACGCACGCUAGCUACGAUUCCAGGCCUGCAACGAGUACUUUUGGUUAGUUAGAUGCCGGCUUAGGAGUGUGUGAGAGUGUGUGUGUGUGUGUGGGCCCACUACACAGUUAAAAUUACAGUGUUGAGUUUAUAACCAUUGAGUACAGUGUUUUUGGAGGUUUAUUACAGUAAUUUGUAUAAUUAGAGAAGUCUGAUUUUAUUUAAAGAAAAAGGAUUUUAUUUUAUUUAGAGCUGAAACUGGGUUAAAACCUAUUUGAUUGUAUUUGUUGAGAAUUGAUACCAUAUUUGUUACAUUAUAUCUUGCUAAUAUAUACAAAUACCUGAUAUAUAUAUAUACCUAUAUCUAUAUCUAUAUAUAUUUUAUAAUUGCUUAACUCAUAUUCAUAUCUUCAUAUGUAAGUAAAUAAUAUAUCAUACUGUCUUUAAAGUGUUUGUUUCUUUGCAUUGUUAUUCAGAGAGUGAGGACUAAUUUAAACCUAGCCCUAGUAGAUAUUGGAGGCACCGCCAUUGUACAUUUUAAACUUCUGUGAUAGACACGUUUCUUUCAGUAAUUGGUAAAAUUAUAAAUUUUCCACCUAUAUAAACCAAGAGAACUCAGGGCGCUCUUGUAGGUUAUUUCAGUUACAUGGGUAAAAUCACUAAAACCUUGUUUAGGAGCGCUA